AUGAAAGUAGCCUGGCGUCAAAUUCUUCAAAAAUGGAAAAAAACGGACGGCCGUUCACUAUCAUGUGUAACAAAAGGUUGCUUCCCAAGGAUGUUAAAGUUGCUCAUGGAUCAAAUUAAUAUAAAUUCGGAAAAUAAUAUUAGGGCAGAAUUUCGUAAGACUGGUAUCAGUCCAUUAAAUCCUAACGAAGUGUUGGCAAGAUUACCGGAAGAGGCGCAGAGUGAUGAAGAGGCUAAAGAAGCUAUUGACAAGUCAGUUUUAAAUUUAUUAAAAGAAAUGCCACACGGAAGUAUAAAUAUUAAGGAACAUAAAAACGAAGGUCGAAGUGUUUCACACGAGGACGUAGAAAGUUACGCUGAUACAGAUACUGAACCUGAAAUAAAAAAGAAACGAAUCCAAAAAAUAAAUAACACAAAAAGUGCUAAAGCACAUCGUUCAACGGCAUUCGAAACAAUCAUAACUGAAACGAACAAUUUGCCCGCAUCUGAUAAUGAUCAAUUACAGCGUAGUGAUUGGCGUGAUAUAGAAGUUGAAAAAUUACCCAUUGUGCUAACAGAAGAUUUACAAUUGUAUGAAGAAAUAGUAAAUACCCUGGUGCGAACCUACAGAUUUGAAAGGAACAAAUGUGAAAGAAGAAAUAAAGAUAGAAAUUGA